AUGAUGCCAGGCAUGGACAUCGAAAUCAGCAGCGGCCAUGCGCUUGAGAUACAGCAAUCGCCACCUACCAGGAUCAGUUCUCCACGCCCGCGCGAGGUACCCGCCGAGGCAGACAGGAUGCCAAUACCGAAACUCGACCACGAGGCGCUCCGAGAGAAGGCAAAGAAACGUAGGAAGAACAAGAAGAAGGGCAUGCAGCCUGCUGCACCAGCGGUGAACGUGAUCAAGGGGUUUCAGACACCGGUCACGUCUGGCGGCGAGGAGUCAGAUGCGUCUACGAACGGGACACCUCGGUUUGGCGCGGCUAGAAUGCAGGACUUCUCGAGUGUAGCAUCAAGCCCAGCCUUGCGUCCUGCUACGCCCGGGAAUAUAAGUGCUUUGAAGGCACGUCUAGAUGCACUGGACCUCGACGAGCACGCCAAGAUGCCCAGUCUGGCCAGGGUCAUGAGCAGCAAGUCGGACUGCGACAGCGGCCUGGCGACACCAUCUUCCCGUGGCAGCGAUGGUGACAAGACGGAGAUGGAGGCCUACGAUGUGCCACUUGACCAGGACUUCAUCAGUCCGGAAGCUGGGUCUGUCACACCGCUGUAUGCUUCGCAGGCAAUUGAGGGAGGGUUGCGAACCGCAUCGAUCCACCGUAAGAUGCAGGCGGAUGACUUCAAACCUCUGCGAUGUCUCGGUAAGGGCGCUUUUGGCACAGUGCAUCUUGUACGACAACAAGCAAGCGGCCGGCUCUAUGCUCAGAAGCAGUUCAAGAAAGCGAGUCUCACGGUGCACAAGCGUCUGAUUGAGCAAACCCGCACUGAGCGCACCAUUCUCGAGUCUGUAAACAGGCAUCCCUUCGUCGUAAAGCUGUUUUACGCUUUCCAGGACCAGGAGAAGCUGUACCUUAUCUUGGAGUACGCACAAGGCGGCGAGCUGUUCACGCAUCUGGCUAUGGAACGCAUGUUUUCCGAGGACGUGGCGGCCUUCUAUCUGGCGGAAAUGGUUCUCGCUUUGGAGCACCUUCACCACAAUGUUCGUGUCAUCUAUCGCGAUCUUAAGCCCGAGAACUGCCUUCUCGAUGCCGAAGGUCAUCUACUACUUACCGAUUUCGGUCUCUCGAAGGUCGCUCUUGACGAUGACGAGGACGGAUCUCGAGCAAAUAGCUUCCUUGGCACCAUCGAGUACAUGGCGCCGGAAGUCAUCGAGGGCAAAGGCUACGACUUCUCGGUCGACUGGUGGGGACUGGGUGCUAUCGCAUGUGACCUGCUUACUGGUAAGCCUCCGUUUGGAGGAGGCAACCACACCAAGAUCCAGCAGAAUAUUCUCAAGCAGAAGUUGCAGCUGCCGUACUUUAUUGGGCCGGAUGCCAAGGACUUUCUUACCCGCCUUCUGCGCAAGGAGCCACACAAGCGUCUCGGUGGUGCGUCUUCCAAGGAUGUGAAGGCUUUGAAGGCACACCGUUUCUUCAGGAAGAUUGAUUGGAAGAAGCUGGAAAGGCGUGAAGUCGAACCACCCAUCCAACCUGUUGUCACAGACCCUGAGCUUGCGGAGAACUUCAGCAGCGAUUUCACGGAUCUUCCACUUAGCCCCGUGGUCACUCGUGGCAGCAAGCCUUUCGACGAUGAUGGUGAUGAUCCAUACGUCGCGGCCGAGAGCAAUCCUUUCGGCGGCUUCAGCUUUGUUGCAAGCAAGAGCUUGCUUGAUGACGACCAAUUCAUGCUGGACGCUUGA